AGGGCCGCAGAACUUUCUGAGCGCGGCCCAGCCAGCCGGGGCCUCGGGCCUGAGCCCUCGGAUCGAGAUCACUCCAUCUCACGAACUGAUGCAGGCAGGGGGCCCCCUCCGCGGGAGAGACGCUGGCCUGCUGGGGGAGCAGCUGGCCCUGGCCGGGGCGGCCGCCAGCCCGCGGUUCACGCUGCCCGUGCCCGGCUUCGAGGGCUACCGCGAGCCGCUUUGCUUGAGCCCGGCUAGCAGCGGCUCCUCUGCCAGCUUCGUUUCCGACACCUUCUCCCCCUACACCUCGCCCUGCGUCUCGCCCAAUAACGGCGGGCCCGACGACCUGUGCCCCCAGUUUCAAAACAUCCCUGCUCAUUAUUCCCCCAGAACCUCGCCAAUAAUGUCACCUCGAACCGGCCUCGCUGAGGACAGCUGCCUGGGCCGCCGCUCGCCCGCGCCCCGUCCGGCCUCCCGCUCCUCGUCGCCUGGCGCCAAGCGGAGGCAUUCGUGUGCCGGGGCCGUCGCCCCGCUGCCCGGAGCCUCGCCCCAGCGCUCCCAGCCCUCGCCGCAGCCCCGGGACGACGGCGCCCCGGCCGGCUACCCCGCCGCGGCCGGCUCCGCCGUCCUCAUGGACGCCCUGAACAGCCUCGCCGCCGACUCGCCCUGCGGCAUCCCCCCCAAGAUGUGGAAGACCAGCCCCGAGCCGGCGCCCGUGUCCGCCGCCCCGCCCAAGGCCGGCCUGCCCCGCCACCUGUACCCGGCCGCCGUGGAAUUUCUGGGCCCCUGCGAGCAGGAGGAGAGGAGGAACUCGGCCCCCGAGUCCAUCCUGCUGAUGCCGCCCACGUGGCCCAAGCAGCUGGUGCCCGCCCUUCCCCUCUGCAGUAUUCCAGUGACCGCAUCCCUCCCUCCGCUCGAGUGGCCACUCUCCCACCAGUCGGGGUCCUAUGAGCUGCGGAUUGAGGUGCAGCCCAAGCCACAUCACCGGGCCCACUAUGAGACAGAAGGCAGCCGAGGGGCUGUCAAAGCUCCAACCGGUGGCCACCCUGUCGUUCAGCUCCAUGGCUACAUGGAAAACAAGCCCCUCGGGCUUCAGAUCUUCAUUGGGACAGCCGACGAGCGGAUCCUUAAGCCCCACGCCUUCUACCAGGUGCACCGCAUCACGGGAAAAACCGUCACCACCACCAGCUACGAGAAGAUCGUAGGCAACACCAAAGUCCUGGAGAUCCCUCUGGAGCCAAAGAACAACAUGAGGGCGACCAUUGACUGUGCGGGGAUCCUGAAGUUGAGGAACGCGGACAUCGAGCUGCGGAAAGGCGAGACGGACAUCGGCAGGAAGAACACGCGGGUGCGGCUGGUUUUCCGGGUGCACAUUCCAGAGGCCAGCGGGAGGAUCAUCUCCCUGCAGACUGCAUCCAACCCCAUCGAAUGCUCCCAGCGAUCCGCCCACGAGCUGCCCAUGGUGGAAAGACAGGACAUCGACAGCUGCCUGGUCUACGGGGGCCAGCAGAUGAUCCUCACGGGACAGAACUUCACAGCCGAGUCCAAAGUCGUGUUUACUGAGAAGACCACAGAUGGGCAGCAAAUUUGGGAAAUGGAAGCCACGGUGGAUAAAGACAAGAGCCAGCCUAACAUGCUUUUUGUUGAGAUCCCUGAAUAUCGAAACAAGCACAUCCGUGCAUCAGUGAAGGUCAACUUCUACGUCAUCAAUGGGAAAAGAAAACGGAGUCAACCUCAGCACUUUACUUACCACCCAGUCCCAGCCAUCAAGACGGAGCCCACCGACGAAUACGACCCCACCUUGAUCUGCAGCCCGGCCCACGGGGGCCUGGGGAGCCAGCCUUACUACCCGCAGCACCCGAUGGUGGCUGAGUCCCCCUCCUGCCUCGUGGCCACCAUGGCGCCCUGCCAACAGUUCCGCUCGGGGCUCUCGUCCCCCGACGCCCGCUACCAGCAGCAGAACCCAGCGGCCGUCCUCUACCAGCGGAGCAAGAGCCUGAGCCCCAGCCUGCUGGGCUACCAGCAGCCGGCCCUCAUGGCCGCCCCCCUGUCCCUGGCGGACGCCCACCGCUCCGUGCUGGUGCACGCCGGCUCCCAGGGCCAGAGCUCCAGCCUGCUGCACUCCUCUCCGGCCAACCAGCAGGCCUCGCCGGUGAUCCACUACUCGCCCACCGGCCAGCAGCUGCGCUGCGGCGGCCACCAGGAAUUCCAGCACAUCAUGUACUGCGAGAAUUUCGCGCCCGGCACCGCCAGGCCCGGCCCGCCCCCCGCCAGUCAAGGUCAGAGGCUGAGCCCAGGGUCCUACCCCACGGUCAUUCAGCAGCAGAAUGCCACCAGCCAAAGAGCCGCCAAAAACGGACCCCCGGUCAGUGACCAAAAGGAAGUAUUACCCGCAGGAGUGACAAUUAAGCAGGAGCAGAAUUUGGACCAGACCUACUUGGACGACGGUCACAGAUACACCUCCUGUACCUUUUGAAGGAAAAGGAGUUUUCAAACAGCAACCAAGGGAACGUGACCCAAGAGUCUGGCUUAUGGGCUGAAGAAAAACGGAAGCCGGACCGUCAUCCUUAGGGAUCGCCUGUUCCUGGCCACGGUUGGGCCACAGCGAAAGCCUGAUUUUUGAGUUUUCUCAUUCUGAAGCACAAGUGGCCCCUAACAAGAUGGCCUGUUAAAACUCGGCGUUAAGUUAUGACACGUGUACACGUUAUUUUUUUUCCCUCUGCUUCAAAAAGCUGGCUGGAGGGUGGGGCUCGCUCCAGGCCAGCAGUUCCUCACUCCUGCAGCAGGCGGUCGGACUCGAGCAGGGACCGCAGGCUGCAGUGUGAACACCUCCGCACCCCUGCAACCUAAUGGCUUUCUGCUGCUCUCGCUUGCUUUCUUCCUAACGGCCAGAGUGCUUUUUUUCCCCCGUAAACUAGCGAGGAACAACAAUCUCAGGCAUGUGCAUUGAAUUUUGAGAAGGAAUUGAAGAGGAGCUAAAACCACCAAAAAAAAAAAAAAAAAGUGAAGGUAUUUUGGUUAAAUUGUGAGAAAUGAGGCAAUGAGCAGGCCUAAGCAUUUCUUUUUCUAAGUGGGUUCCCCCGUGAGAAGGGCAGAGUUCCCUCUGGCCUCGACUCCACGUGGGACGCCAUCGCAGGCUGUGGCCCCCAAAGUUCAUUGGUGAUCUUUACCUGAAGCCCUUUCAAGCGUCCCUCGGUCCCCAAGACCUGUCCACAUUAGCCGCCUGCAUCCGCAUCGGAGAGAACCAGCCCACGUGCAGUCCGCAGUUGGACAGAGCUCUGCCCGGACCGCUUGCAUGGUGAUUGGCCCCCAAAUUCUGUCUCCACUGCGCACAUCGAGCCCUCAUGAGUCUGCCUCCUCUGGUGCAGUUUCUGCAAACACAGAAAACUCUGGAGUCCUCCGCAGGGGUGGGUUCUCAUCGCCCAGAUGCGUUCCUGUUUGCAUGUACCGUGGACACCCUGGGACAAGCCAGGGACUCGUUUUCGGCCAUUCGGUUUCUUCCCCCGUAAUCAACAACAGAAUGCAGAGGUCCCGGCGCUCUUCGAAAGGCUCUGCUUCGUGAUUUCUCAGAUCUGCUAGGGAGAAGCGUAGGAAGAGAAUCCUGGCCGUUGAGGUCUCCCUGUGGCAUUUACAAGCCCUGGCUUCCUAGUCAAGGUUAUCCGGAGGUUAAACCUUCCCAACAGCUCUUCCAGGAGCGUGAGGCUUGGUGACUACAGCCUGGUGGGUCUGGUGCUCCAGAGAGUGGACAGAACGCCCAGGGUGUGACCUUUUCAUCGAGGCCUAGCAUUUGUUUUCCCCCUAACAACCCGGGACCUCUCUUCCACCCACCCCAAGCACAAAGUUUAGCAAAAUCCUCUUUAACGCAAAUUGCCACAGAGCUCCUGGGAUGUGAAAUUCUUCCUAAUUCACGAAAAGUUUCCUUACACCAGCAGCUUUACCCAAAGCAGUCUCUCCAGCAACAUUGGACUUCGCUGGGGCAGAGUUAGUGUUUGGUGAGAGAUCUGUUCUCACUUGACCUGGCUAGGAACCAUUUCCCUUUUUUUUUUUUCUUUGCACAUGAGGGAUAUUGGCCUUCCUCAGUUAUCUGAAUGUUUUACCCAAGUGCCUUCCUGCUAUUAUAGCAAAGUCGCUGUGCUUCAUUGUGCCUGGAUGGGGCGAACAAGGGCUAACGCGUUUUCCAUCAAUCUUCUAGGUUAGUGAAAAGGGCCUCCUGCUAGUUCCAACUCUUGCACGAACCUGUGCACGUACGUGUGUGUGUAUAACGCACGCACAAGCUUUUUCUGAGACCACCUAGGCUGGAUAUUAGAGGAAGCCCUUUCAUAAACAACUCUACCAAAUAGCGAAGGAAAGAGAAGCAAAAAGCAUUAGUUUUGAGACAUAAACAGGCGAGAGAAUGUGUAUUAGGAACCGACAGCUAGCGAGAAAGUUUGGUCAGGAACAAAUGCCAGGAGGAGAUUUUGCCAAGAGGAAUUGCUCACAAAAUAUUUUCAGUCUGGGAAGAGGCAAUAGGAUCCUCUACAGAGAAGGAGAAAGUAAGGAUGUCUAAGUGGGAAAGAUGUGUGUGUUGCACGUGUGAGAAGGAUCUCAGGUGGAGGUUUGCACUUGCUACAUCCAAGGUAAUGUAAAUAUGUAGCAUUGCUAACAGGAAUCUACCGUGUUGCUGAAUGUAGUAUAUUUCCCGAGUUUGCAAGUCUUCCUGUAUGUACAAAAAUACUGCUGCCUGAUAAUAUAUAAUAGCAACCCAAAGUAGUAGGUUAUUAAAUUUUAUUUUCUUACCUGUAUUUUUAUGCUUUUUAUCUGUCCCGAAAAUAUCACACACCCCUGUUGGAAUUAGAAAAUAUUUAUAAAUGGUUGAAAUCUCUUGCAAGUGUCUCUUUUUACAUAUGCUGAGGAUUUCCGCCUCCCCCUCCCCACCCCAAGAGAAAGGAUGUAUCCUUGAAAAUUUGUGAAUCGUGCUAGCAAAAACACAAAACAAAAAUACAAAAAAAACCCCCACAACCCCCCCCCCCCAAAAAGCCCCACAGAACUACCCACCUCAGAGUUUAUCAGUCACCUGAGUCUUAGAAGAAAGCAUCUUUGGAGAAAGAAGGGGGAUGGCUUUGUGGAAAAAGGAACCAUCUGUUGCCAGAGACGACACGGACUUCACCUCUGAGCCUGCGUCUGGUCACGGAGGAGAACUGUCUUGUAAAGUGUUUAGAUCCCCCAAAGAAGUGGCCUAGUAGGUGAUCGUGAGUUAAAAACAAAACCGCCUGUGUGGUAACGGGAUUCUGAAAGACUUCGCAAAGUUCACAGAACCCUGGGUGCAGGCUACCGUUUACAGAGCUGACCAAAUCCCGCUAGGUAACCCCUGUACGCAUUAUCCAAAGGACAUGCAGAGUUUUCCAGCAUAGACACACCCUAGAUGAAUCAGGAUGGUUCCUUCGAAAAACUGGAAAGCACUGAUGGGGCCUUUCUCGUUUACAUCCAGUAGCCAAGACGUCGGUCUCAGGAAGUCCGUCUUGGCCAGCGUGGGAGCUGCAACAUUUAGACAGAUUGGAAGCGGAUAUGUUCUGGUUGUUACAACAGACUAAAGGGAGGCUGAAUGUGUUUGUUUUCAUGUCAAAAAACGCUUCCCAAGUGCUUUCUAUUCACAAUUGAAAGACCGUCAGAGGUCCGGCUAACAAUUUUGUUCACGUUUACAGGAGGCAUGGGGGUUGGGACAUUCCUGACAAGGUCCGGCAUCCAUUUUUUUUUUUUUUUUUUUUUUGGAGGGAUGACCCUUUAGCAGGUACCCAACACAUCCUAACCGCCAGUCUUCCAAGCCCAGGGCUUAGGCCUUAAACCUCAUGGAGCCAAACCAGCCAAUGCACGGGUUUUCCUGCAUUCCAGCUAAAUGCUUAAGAAGUGUCACAAAGGAUUGUGAUUGCAAACAUCAGUUUCCCUCCGCUGUCGGGAGUACCUUCAGUUAUAGCCAACGUCACCAUCUUAACUCAGUUUGUUUAAAAAUAAACGUUUCUGUGAUUGGUGAGCUGGAGAUGGUCCCUAAGCGAGCCCCUCUGAAAAGGAGACGGGAUGUUGGGUGUCGGAAAAAACGUUUAACACCCUGCCUUCGUGCAGCUGUCGGCAGCCCAAACACCUGCCCCGUCCCGGGUCGGACGCGUCGGAAGCAAAGGAUACAUUUUCCAUUAGGGCACGGGCUUUCGCCACUGCCCUUGGGACAAGUUUAGACCCUGAGCACCUUGUCAAAGAACCUCCCUUACCCCCAUUGCCUCUACAGCCCUCAGAGGGGAGAAAAUGUUGACCAUGCCGUAAGUAGUUCUCCAACAAACAGAAUUCUCUCCAACAGGGUGGUGCUGGAAGGCUUAGGUUUUAAAAAUCUUGACUGUUAAGGAAGUUUGAAUACAUCACAUUCCUAUGCAAAAUGUUUUUAAUCUCCAGUUUAAUGUAGUUUAUUUUUGCUAUAUGUAAAGUAUUUUUAUACGGCUUAUAUCGUGAUAGUUUAGCAAUAAAACAGCUGAAAGCA